CCUGUGCGACCCAUCAUCUCGUUCCUGGUGGCAUUCUUGUAUCGAGCGUCCAUCAUCGUCAACCGCCACCCUCAUUCUUUCGGAGUGGUCUCGAGAAGACUAAUUGACUCGAGUGGACAUCUUUUACGACUUUUACGAACUCAGCCCUCGAUUCAAGCUUCACGUAGUUGCUUGACGUUCGAUUCGGCCCAUGCCCUUCCCGUUUACGUUCAAAUUCGCUGUCCCGGGUCUCAAUCCCUUUGCGACCCAAGAACCACAGCCGGUGCCAGUGGCUUCGUCCAGCUCUGGUCCCUUCCGUCCCCCUACUUCGCCCGCGCGGCAUCGAGACCGCCACACGCGACCACAGACUAUUCCCGAUAGGACAUCAUCCAGCCGCUCUCCCUCCGCAUCUGCUCCCAUAUCAAGGAAGCGCGGCUGGGAUCCGUCCCUCGCAGAACCGAGCCUGUCUACCACCACGCUCACGUCCGGCAGCGGAUAUCUCGAUACGCCUGCAAAAUAUCGAGAGAUGGCGAUCUCUUCGCGUAGGGGCGACGAUUCUGAAGUGACCGAGAUGGCAAUGUCUGUUCCCGCGGUCGUCACUGCCAGCCACCUCUUCUCCUUUCCUUUUCUCAUGCAAUUAAACUUACUUUCAUUAUUCAAUGUAGAUCUUCCUCCCCCCGCGAAACGCCGACGAGGCCUUGCUGGCUCCAUCGUCUCUACUGCUGUCAGCGCUGCGCUGAUAGGCACCGCAGUCGGACUGACUGUGUAUCGAUUGUGGAGAGAUCGUGGCAAAGACGCAGAGCAAAAGGACGACUCGCGAGAAUCGGAGCAACCUCCUCCCCCUCCUCCAUAUCAACAAGGCGGAUGGACGCCUGCUCAAGCCUCUCACGCUAUCCACGUCACACCUCCAACCCCCAUGGCCACUCCUCGCCGUCGUAAAGUUCAUCACGGUCACGCGUCCAGACGAGCUGCUCGUGCGAGGUCACGUGCCCACGCACACAGCACAAUUUCACCCCCGCCCAGCGUUGAUCCUUCUCAACCGCAGCGCGACGUGGAAAUGGAGGAGGAACCUUCUGUGGUCGAGGAGCAGAUGGACUGGCUCGGUGGUCAGUUGGCUGCGCUCAUUCAAGAAGGUCAGAAAGCUCUAGGGCGUGAGAUUGUUGUGCAAAGUGAGGCUCAAGAAGAUGAAAUUGAUGAUGGAACUGGUGUCUGGGAGGAAGAAGAGGGCGGUUUCCAUUCUGAAUUCGGCGGGCUCCCGAAUCGGACCUCUUCGCCGCGACGCAAACGCCAACCUCGAAACCUCACCCUUGUCCCUUCGUCACACUCGUCCCGACCGAACUCUGCUUCGCCCCGUACCCAACGAUUCGAUUUCGUAUCCGCAUCCCUCCCAUCUUCCGCUGGCUCCCGAGGUUGGCCGCAGACACCUGAUUUCGGGCGGAGCAUGUCUGCGGAGUCCGACCUGUCUCGAUCUCUCUCGACGCGAGAAACGGAAAGUUCCUGGGAUAGCCCAGAACUUAGAGAAACAAUGGCACGCGCCCGGGCGCGUGCUUUAGCUAAUCAGGCUGCAGGGUAGAUCUUCACAGUCCGAGACCUGCAAUAUUGACCGUAUAUUGGAAUCAAGCUGGAACUAACUGGCCGUUUCUGCAUAUGUACAGUACAGUACAUACGUACAUAUCUACAUACGUUUCAGCCACCAUGUAAAUAAGUAUCUUCAGGUGUUGCACUUGACAGAAACCAUGACAGAUUCCGUGCACUGCAUGUCCGAGUCAGCCAGCUAUGCUAGACUUCCACCUUGCUCUUCCACCAGCGGCGUAAAUGCCAGAACUACCAUCGGAAGUGAUUCUGCAUAUUCUAUCGUUCAUACCCGUCCCCGAGCUCAUACCGGGCGUCAACUUCCAAUUCUACAACUACUAUCUGGAUGCCAGGUAUGGGAGCAUUCGGAUUGAGUCGAUAGACCAUCGCACUUUCAGGCUUAUCGAGCGUCUGAAGUGCGUCUUGUCGCCGCGAAUCCGAAGGUUGCGUUCGAGUUGACCUCUGACAGAGAUCCUGUUGUCGCCCAGCGCGUGCGCAGACUGGUUGUCCGGCCGCCCACACUCCCGCUCGCGCCCACUGGUCCACCUCACAAUGCACGAGCGACAAUACGGAGAUUUCUCUCGUUUGUGACGCGUGUAGCACCAGAGUGGUUGACUGUCGAGGACAUCAUCGACAGCUUGAUGCUGGUCCUCCCUCGGCUGGGGAAUCUGACGCACUUCGAGAUUGAAACGUGGGAUAUCCCGCCGGAGAUGGACCUGCAGCCAUUCUUCCGGACUGCGUGGACCGCGUUCGGGGAGCGACUGGUGAGCAUGUCGAUCGCGGGGCGGCCCGAG